AUGGCAGCCACGCCUUCGAACAGACUCAGACUCACCCCUUCCAACUCGCCCUUCUUUCCUCGCCCCUCUAGAUCUCCCGUCCGGGGUCGCCCCUCCUCGGACCCUUCUAGACUCUCUCUCAAGAGGGUCAUCGGCACAACUUGCUCGUCAGCGACCGGCUUCGACAUAGUCCAAUCCUCUUUCGCCUACAUUGCCGGUGGCGCCGUCGUUGUCGUCGAUAUCCAAGGCGACCAGUACUCUCAGCGUUUCUUCCGCGCUAGGCCUACUGCGCAGCCUCUCUACACCGUCUCUCCCGUCCCGCAUGCACCUUCGACGCCAAACUCGACCCCAAAAGCCAAUGAUAGUAGGAACAGAACUCCAGGGCCCCGCGAAUCUCAGUAUGGACCGAUCGACUGGUCCGAGUCGCCCACCUCGUCCAAAACCUGGACGCAGCGAGAGCGGAUCAAGGCUGCGACUUGCCUCUCCUUGAGUCGAGACGGCAGGUUCCUGGCAGUCGGCGAGACUGGAUAUGCCCCGCGAGUUUUGAUCUUCAACUUGCAAGAUAACUCGUCUGACAUCCCGCUGGUCUCGAUCAGCGAGCACACUUUCGGUGUCAACGCAGUCGCCUGGUCUCCCGACGGGAGAUAUCUGGCCUCUCUCGGUCACGCUAAUGAUGGCUUCCUGUACAUCUGGAAGAUCGAUGCUCGGACCGGAGCCGCAAAAUUGCUGCAGCAGAGCAGGUGCACGUCUUAUGUCCGUGGAAUGACAUGGCUGGGAAGCAGCCUUGUCACUUUCGGGGUCCGACACAUCAAAGUUUGGAGAGUGGAAGAAAUCCAGUCGACCUCACCAGUGAAGCACAAGUUUACGGGCGACGGUUCUUUUCCUUCGCCAUCGGCACAAAAAACCCUCCCAGGCCGGAACAUCCUCCUUGGUUCUCUCUUGGAGGCCACUUUCACAGCUGCCGUGGCUCUCGAUAGGCACAAAGCCCUGGUCUGUUCCGAGCAUGGCGAUGUCUGUCUAUUGGAUGACACCAAUAAACAGAUGAAACUCAUCAGGGUGCGCAACAUGGGCUUUCCAAUCCAUUGUGCGUCCGUGAGGAAAGGUCUGGCGUAUGUGGGAGGCACCUUUGGCAAUCUUGCAACCUUGAGGGUGGAUGACCUUUUGUGCUACAAGGAGGAUUGUCUGGUGGAUGCCAAUCAGCCUCGCCACGGCCUACUUGCCAUGGGCUUCCUCACUUCCCAUCUAGUGACUGUCGAUGCAAACCGGUCCAUCGAUAUUUGGGACGCUGAGCAUAUACCAGGUGGCAAUACGAGCCACCGGGUACAUAUGCCAAUACCUGGACAAUCGGAGCCUCUCAUGGGUGUUCAGUCCCUUCCGAAUGCCAAUGCGAGGGGAGCGGCAUUUUACACGUGGUCUGAAUCGGGGAGGGUCAUUACCUGGGAUAUGGAGGGAAAGAUCAAGUCUACGCUUGACGUUCCCAUCGACCAGCUCGCAUCAGCCACCGAACUCGAUCCCGUCAACCAGCUCUCCAUUGUCAGGGCAACGGAGAACUUGAAACUGUUUGUCGCAGCAGACAAGUUAGGGGUCCUCAGGGUCAUAGACUCGGAUACCAACGAGUGUCUACUGGACACCAAAGCACAUACCUACGACUGCCAGUACAUAUCCAUCUUUGAGAACGAUGACACCCUGUUGAUGGCCACAUGCGGCCGCGAUAGAACGGCACAGUUGUUCCACAGGUUGCCCAACGGCAGCUUCGAGCAUGUUCAGACGCUCGAAUUUGCAGCUAGAGUGGUGCAGGUGCUGAUUCCCAGCGCCGACAGGAUCAUCACCUGCUCUUUGGACAGGACACUGCAGAUCCAUGACAUCAUCACAAAGGAGGAUGAGCCAGAGGCUAUAGCAGCUGUUCCUUCACGAGUGAUUACGCUAAAAGCGUCACCAACCUCGAUGGUCGUCGCCUCGGACGGCAAGUCCGUUUUCGUCUCUACCCUCGACCGCUCAGUCUGUCAGUACGAAUUGUCAUCAGGACGGCAACUCAACGCGUUCAAAUGCACCGACGAAAGCGGAGCAGAAUCCGUGGUGCUGGAUUCUUUGGUCUUUGGCGACACAUGCACCGAUGAGCCGACUUUUCUUCUAGGUAUCUCAAAUACCGACAAAUCAGUCAGGAUCUACGAUGCGCAUACUGGCGGCUUCUUGGACCGAGAAUGGGGACAUACCGAGGCUAUCAAUGGGGUCACGCUCGUAGACGAUGAAGACAGGGGUAGAAAGGUCGUUAGUGUAGGGUCUGAUGGCACGAUCAUGAUCUGGGGGCUCGACCUCGGGGAUCCUGCAGCAGGUUCGAUGAGUAGGGAUCCAUCGCCGGCUAAGGAACCCUCAGCAACGUCUCAGAGACCUCCGUUGCGAAGAGUCUUGUCAAAAGCAGAGCUAGCCGACUUCCAGCGGCCGUCCCCAUCACCUGGACGCCGAUCCCCACCUCGUACACUGCCGCGACGAACCUCGAGGUUUAACCUCACGUCUACAACGCCUACGGUUAGGACCCCUAUAAGUGCUCUUCAGGGUACGCCGGGCAGCAUAAUCGCGGAAGGGACACCCAUUAGGAGAGGAUCUGCCGGCAGUCCAGCCAAUAGCCCGCCUCUUCCGGGGCCAGACAGUCCCAAGUCACGCGUCGUGACCCGCAGGCCUUCUCUCCCAGCCCUACGGACAACACCCCCUGCUGCACCCGGUGCCCGUAAGAAGAGCAGCGCCACUAACCUCCGCGGUUCAUACACGAGCGGGAAUGCCACCGGUACGGGCUUUGGCAGCCUCAGUAUGGCUACCGAGCAGACGUGCCGGCAGCUGCGCACCUAUCGAAAGCGUCUCGCGACCAGCGAGGGGCCUAUUGCGCCGGAUCUGCUGGCUGAGCUGGACCAGGAGCUACGCCUCACGGCCGCUGCGCUGGGGGAUCGCGCCGUGCGCAGCAAGGCCAUGAGCGACGAGAUCAACGGCCUGCUCGACGAGAAGCUCGAGCGCCUCAUCCUCAUGCUCGACGAGAAGUGGCGACUGCCUCCGGACAGUGGCGUUGGCGUCAAUGGCAAGCCCGGCAGCGCGUCGUCGUCGAUCAGGGCCAAGAAGAGGCGAGAUGGCGACGACAGCAGCAGCCUGGAGGGAGGAGACCGCCCCCCUAGUGCGGGGGAGUCGUCUGCCUCGGCGUCAACGCAGUCAGGCUAG